CACGGCCGCCGCUGAGCUUAUGUGGUCACAAUAAGUGAUUAUCUGUGGAGGAAACAUGUAGUUUGACUUCCCUUUUUUUUUUUUUUUUUAAACUCAUCUCCAUGGGAAAACGCUUCGUUCGUCGAAAUGGUGAUUUCCCACAGGUUGUUAAACGCCACAUGAGAGUUUUGUUGGAUUUAUCAGACGCGGAGGACCGCAACAGAUGAUGAGAGUCGAGGCUGAAUUUAAGGGGUCUUUCGGUGGAUUGCAGCGGAUCUCUCUCGUCAACCAGCCGAUCAUACCGGGGUCAGGAGUCUGAGAUCUGCUCUGUGAAAUGGACUCAUACGGCUCCUCACUCAACCGCAGCCAGUCGCUGGCGAGCGGCCUGGAGAAGACUUCGCCCACGUGGAACAAGCCCUCCCACUCUCGCAGCAGCAGCACUCUGUCGUCCCGCCACUCCAGACAGAUCAUCAAAGAUUGGGAAGUGAUUGACGACCUCCAUGUAGAGAUGCAGUCAGGAGGCGACAACCCUCAGGACAUGACGACCCCGGGUAUCUGUGAAGGAUAUCUGCUCAAGAGGAGGAAGUGGCCACUUAAAGGCUGGCACAAGCGAUACUUUGUCUUGGAAGCCGGGAUCUUGCGCUACUGCAAAAAUCAACAAGAUGUCUCCAGGGGACGAGUCCAGGGCUCCCUUGACGUUAGCCUCGCUGUGAUGUCAAUAAAUAAGAAAUCAAACCGCUUCGACCUGGAUGCAGGAGACAUCCUCUAUCACAUGAAGGCAAAGAGCCAUGAGCUCUUCUACAUCUGGGUGACCAAGCUACAAGCCCACCGCUUGUUCAAGAAGAACGAGGCAGCGUACGUCCACAGCGGCUUCAUCCACACUCUGUCCCACAGCGCUGCAGCCGGAGAGGCUCAGAGAAAUGGAGAUUUGAGCUCUGCAGGGGCUCCAGAUCCUGCCGGAGCGUCAGGUGUGCUGCCCUCAGCUAACACUGCUGUGAACAGCAAAGUCUCUGCCUGGCUGCAGCAAAGCCACGACCCAGACGCCUGUGUUCAAGAGUUGAACCGAUGUCACUUGGACCUGUCUGAGCUAAACCGCUUAAUCCAGAGGCUGCAGGCGCUGGAGGUGGGCCAGGCUUUCACUAACGGAGACCUGCAGCGAAUCAUCAGCAUACAGAAUCUGUCACUUGAGAAGCCGAAGAAGCCGAAGUCGGGGAAGAUGUGGGGCCACUCUCGCACACUGUCCAGAGUGGAGGCUCUGGGAAUGCUGUCCUCCAGUCACCUGAACAGCUCCUCUCACCUUGGUGCGUCCGUCCCCUCUAUCCCUGACUACGUCUACUCUCAGCUGUCCCCUCCUACUGUCACAUCUCCGGAGGGCAAGAAAAUCCAGCAGGACAUCUGCGCCAUGUCGCUACGAGUGCUUGCAUCCCUGAAGACGGUUCAUGAGACUCUGUCCCAGGAGAGGCAGAAACUGCAAGAAGUCUGGGAAUCUAACAACAUCCACCAGUCUAACACAUUAGCUGUGCCCGCAGCAGGGAGGCAUUCAUCCAAUGGGCCUCCUUCAGUGGCAGAUUCAGCGGCGGAGUAUUUCGACGCCAGCGACGACAUCCUUUGUGGUAGUUCCUCCGAGGUGUCUGAAGAAUCAGGACUUAGUGAUGGAAGCACCACCAACUCAGAGCCGGAGGAAGGACACGCAUCAGCCACACGCAAGUACCGUGCGAGCAUUUCCAAGACUCCUAACAGUGUCGUUCCCAAGAGCACCGGGCGUCGCACACUUCCUGCUCACUGUCCUGACAACGGCCACGUGGGCCUCAUGGCUAUCCUCUACAACAACAUAGGUAAAGACUUGGCUCGAGUGUCCAUGCCCGCUGCCCUCAACGAGCCUGUUAACCUGCUGCAGCGGCUGUGUGAGGAGCUGGAGUACAGCGAGCUGCUGGACACUGCCAACAACACGCCUGACCCCUACCAGAGGAUGGUUUACAUUGCUGCCUUCGCUAUCUCUGGUUACUCCACUGCGACGUUUAGGAACCGCUACAAGCCCUUCAACCCGGUGCUGGGGGAGACCUACGAGUGCAUCAGAGAGGACCGGGGCUUCCGCCUCAUCAGCGAGCAGGUCUGCCACCAUCCGCCCAUCUCUGCCUGCCACGCAGACUCAGACAACUUCUCUUUUUGGCAAGACCAGCGAUGGAAAAACAAGUUCUGGGGGAAGUCUCUGGAGAUUCUGCCAACAGGAAUGGUGAAUGUGACUCUGCCAAGGUAUGGCGACCACUACGAGUGGAACAAAGUAGUGACCUGCAUCCACAAUGUGCUCAGUCAGCAGCGCUAUCUGGAGCAUUACGGCGAGGUCACCAUCCGAAACCUCAAAAGCAACGUCUGCACCUGCAAGAUUACCUUCGUCAAGUCUCGAUACUGGGGCUCAGACACAAACAAGAACGAGGUGCAGGGCACGGUGCUGGACCAAAGCGGGAGUGUGAUUCACCGGUUUGGAGGCCUGUGGCAUGAAGGCAUCUUCUGUGACACUCUCCCGACUCCGAAAUGUGUCUGGAAGCCAAAUCCCCAGCCAAAGGAUCACCUGAUCUACUAUGGCUUCUCCACCUUUGCCAUGGAGCUGAAUGAAGUCACCCCACACCUGAAGCCUCUCCUGCCUCCUACAGACAGCCGCCUGCGCCCGGACCAAAGAUUGCUGGAGGAGGGAAAGGUGGAAGAAGCAGACAUAAAGAAAGACGAGAUAGAGGAGUUUCAGAGGGAGCGGAGGAAAGAGCUCGGCAAAAAGGGUGAAGAGCAUGCCCCACGUUUUUUCAAGAAAGCCAAAGACUCCUGCGGACGGGACGUGUGGUUGACCAACGGGACCUACUGGAAGCUCAGGGAGAAUCCAGGUUUUGCUAAGAUUGAAAACAUAACUCUGUGGUGAUGAGACGGCAGCGAUGAGCAGGAACAAACAAAAAAAAAAAAAGAAAAAAGCACAUGAGUCGAGAGACUGAAAAAUAUCAGUGCUGGAUAUUCUGAGCAGCAUAUAUGAACCGCUCUGAGGAAGGUGCAGAGAGGAGAUGGUGCUGCUGAGCUCUUCUUACGUCUUCUGUACACCCAUGACUGGCUCAUGGGAACCGUCAGCACCUGAUAUAGUCUCAGAGAGUCACCUGUCGGGUUACCUGGAGUUUUUAGAUGACAUCACUCAACUUAUAUAUCUUUAUACUUGUGAGAAUUUCACUGUUUUUGUUUUUGUUUUUUUGCUGAAAAGACUGUGACGCAGCAACAAAUGACUGGAAAUAAAAAGUUGUCAAAAUUAUAUUUUUCUGUCAGGUUAGAAAGAGGCCUGUUAUAUUAGUGUACUGUCUGUAAACAUUCAGUCCUCCUCUCAACCAGCUGACAGCUCAGUUUAUAAUAACUAAAGUUGUUGGACUGUAUAAAUGUACUGAAGUCGCUGCUACAGUCAGACCCCAGACCCACGAGGGGGUCAGCUGGUUUGUGAUAAUUUGAUUUAAUGCAGAUUUAUACGGGAAUAUGCACCAAUAAAGCCCAAUAAAGACGAGAACCUCAAAGUGGCUAUAAGGGAUAUUUUUAAAGAUCACAAUCUGUCAAAUGACAGUGUCAGCUGUUUAAUAAAAAAGAAGAGAGAAAAAAACAA